GUUGGUUAAUCAUCUACUGGCACUGUCAGCAUGUUAAAACAUGACUGAGUAGUUGAACAGGUCUGUUUGAAGAGUGGAGCAGUCCAGUAUUCCUCCAUCCCUAUGAAGAAGCGCCUCUAUCUCAGAGCAGAGUUUCCAUCGCUGUUAGCUGAGCUUCCUGUCCAAUAUGGUUCAGAGGGUGGCAGUGAUUGGUGCGGGUCCUUCAGGUCUAACCAGCAUCAAGGCCUGUUUGGAUGAAGGUCUGAAUCCAACCUGCUUUGACAGCAGCCAUGACAUUGGAGGUCUAUGGAGAUUUAAGGAGAAGCCAGACCCUGUACAAGCCAACAUCUAUCAGUCGGUGGUCAUUAACAGCUCCAAAGAGAUGAUGUCUUUCAGUGACUUCCCUCCUCCUGCGGAGCUCCCCAACAACAUGCACCACUCUGAGGUGCUGCUGUAUCUGCGCCUGUAUGCCAAGGCGUUCAAUCUGCUGCAGCACAUACACUUCCAGACUACUGUGCUCAGUGUGAGGCAGACUCCAGACUUUGCUGUGACAGGCCAGUGGGAGGUGGAGACAGAAAGAGAGGGUCAGAGGGAGACUCAUGUUUUUGACGCAGUGAUGGUUUGUACCGGACACUUCACCCAACCUCACCUGCCACUCAGCGACUUCACAGGUAUUGAGAGCUUUGAAGGCAGAUACUUCCACAGCUGGGAAUAUCGCAAUGCUGAUGGGAUGGAGGGGAAGAGAGUGGUGGUUAUUGGGAUUGGAAAUUCUGGAGGCGAUAUUGCUGUGGAUAUCAGUAGAGUUGCUGAGAAGGUGUACCUGAGCACCAGGAGCGGAGCCUGGGUUGUCAGCCGUGUAGGACAGAGAGGAUUUCCAGCUGACCUUUUUGGAACUUCUCGAAUGCAUUUGAUGAUAAACAAAGUCUUCAGCUCAUGGAUCAACAGGAUGUUGGAGAAGAAUCUGAACGAAGCGUUCGACCACAAAUUAUAUGGCCUGAAACCAAAACAUGGGUUGUUUGCACAGAUCCCUGUCGUGAAUGAUGACCUGCCAGCUCGGAUCAUCUCAGGUCGUGUUCAGGUGAAACCAAAUGUGAAGGAGUUCUGUGGGUCCAGUGUGGUCUUCACUGAUGGGAGCGUCAUAAACAAUGUGGAUGUGGUGGUGUUUGCCACAGGCUACAACUACAGCUUCCCUUUCCUGCCCUCAGCUCUGCAGGCUAAAAGUGGCUACAGGCUGCUUCUCUACAAACAUGUGUUCCCUCCUGCACUCACUCAGCCAACGCUGGCAGUGGUGGGCUUUGUUUACAGCUUUGGGGCGGUCAACCCACUGGCUGAGAUGCAGGCACGCUGGGCUACAAGAGUUUUUAAAGGGUUAUCAACUCUCCCCUCAGAAGAGAGAAUGAUAAAGGAAAUUCAGAAAGACAUCAAAACAAUGCACCAGAGUUUUGCCUGCUCUGAGCGUUACCCCUACCAGGUGGACUACAUCCCUUACCUGGACUCUCUGGCAGAGCAGGUAGGGGCUCGACCAAACAUACUGUGGCUCUUGAUGAAGGACCCCAGACUGGCACUGCGGGUUUGGCUGGGUCCCUGUACUUCUUAUCAGUACCGUCUGACUGGACCAGGCCAGUGGGUCGGUGCCCGUCAGGCUAUUCUCACCCAGUGGGAGCGGGUGAUUCAACCUUUCCGGACCAGAGAGGUACCAGAACCAGAGACCAGACCCUCUUCUAGACUGAGCAUCAUGGUGACUUUCUCAGGUGUUAUCCUGUUGUACUGCUGCUACAAUAAAUUCUGUAUAUGAAUGAAGCAGCACACUAAACCAAACUGUCCAUGUCAAAGUGAUAUAGGCAGAGCAUGUUUUUAGAAAUUAGUAACUUAAUUACUUGAAUGAAAAAUAAAGUUUUUAAAUAAACAUGCUGGAUUAUAA